GUGAUAGGUUAGAACCAAGAUGGCGGAUAAACCCGACAAAAGUUCCGAAAAAAGCUUUUUUUCUCGUACGGCGAGCAUUACCACAAAAAGAGCCAAGCGUGCUCAAGAAAAGGUGAUGCAAAAGCUCGGGAAAGCAAAUGAGACAAAGGAUCUUACAUUUGAUGAGUUCGUAAACAACUUCAAUAAACAACAGAGUGCAGCUCAAAGGUUACAUAAAGAAUUGAAAAAUUAUUAUUCGUGUAUUAGAGCAAUGUUAGUAUCUAGUGAUGCAUUUGCAGAUGCAGUGAGAGAAGUGUAUGAACCUGAUUGGCCAGGAAGAGAUAAACUCAUUCAACUUAUAGAGGAAUUACACAGCCAGUGGUCUGAUUUAGUAGAAAAAAUGGAUGAUGAAGUUAUUAUUCCUCUGACAGCAUACCAGAGCCAAUUUCCUGAUAUAAAGGCCAGAAUAAAUAAACGAGGUAGAAAACUUGUUGACUAUGAUCGAUACAGACACAAUCUCGAGACACUAAAAUCCAAAGGAAAGGCAGCUGAUCAAAAGAAGCUUGCUCAGGCAGAGGAAGAAUACAAUGAAGCAAAAUCUGUUUAUACAAAACUUCAUGCAGAAUUAUAUGAAGAAUUACCUGCUUUAUUUGACAGUCGUAUUGGUUUUUAUGUGUCCUCAUUCCAAAGUAUUUUCACCGCUGAAGGAGUAUUCCAUAGAGAAGCUGCAAAGACAAAAACUCAGAUGAAUGAUCUAAUGGAUGGUUUAAUUCAUGACAUGGCAACUGGAACAUACACUACUAAGAGACCUUAUCCCGUGGCUAGCGAGAACCAAGUCUCAGACAGUGAUGAAAUGGACACUCAAACAACCUCAUCACAUGCAGAGAGUGGGGAUGCAGUAGCCUGCAUUGACGAAGCUAACCCUGUGGAAACCAGUGAUGAUGGAACAGUCAAUCAAGCUGAAAAAGCAGUAGAUGGAGUCGAUGCCCUAAACCCCUUCAUGCAGUCUGACCAUGAUGAACAGGAUGGGAGUGGGGAGACUGUGACACAAGCAGAUAAUCAACAGAAACCCAAGCCAGCUGCCAGACAACUACCCCCACAAUCACAGUUGGAAAAUGCAGAAAAGAAAGCACCAGAGAAACCGUCUGUGCCAUCUUUACCAUUAAAAAGGCCUUCACAAUCAGAAGCUGAAAGCACAGAGGGAUCACCCUCAAAUGAAGAGGCUGCACCUGUCUCAGCCUCACAGACAGAACCUGUUCAGCCACAGCCACAGUCACAGGCACAGCAGCAGCCACCUGAAGGAAGAGGACCUGAAAUUCCUGGAUUUCUUUACAAGGUUCGAGCUGCGUACAGAUAUGCUGCUGAAGAUGAUGAUGAGUUGUCAUUUGAGAAAGGAGAGAUCAUAAAUGUUGUCGAGUUUGAGGAUCCAGAGGAACAGGAUGAGGGCUGGCUCCUUGGUAUCCUAGAGCUGAGCGGAAUUAAGGGUGUUUUCCCGGCAAAUUUCACUAAAAGAAUUUAAUUGAUAAUUUACUUCAAGUGAAGAAGGUUCAGUUAUGAGUAUGAUGGUGAUAAUGUUCUAUUCACCAGUCCUGUCAUCAUUAUGUUUAAAAAGCACUGUUUAUUAGGGUUGUUAAAAAUACAAUGAUAGAGAAACGAGAUGGUGGCUAAUAUAUAAAAUUAUAAAAUAAUUCAAAUAGUACGUGCGCUCUGAUUGGUCAUAAAACCAUUUUACAUGAGCAUAUGUAAACACGGUUUUCAUUCCUCUUUCAUAGCUUCAUUAGCUUCGCGUCAUGGUUUCCUACGCUUAUCUUGUGUUCUCCCAACCUCCCGCGUGUUUACAUCAGGCUAUGUAAACACGGAAACCAUUUUACAUUUCUUUACUUUAAGAUCAGUUUCUAAUUCUGAGGCCAUUGGUUGUUUGCAAAAGUCUACAGAGGGAAAAAUUUUGUUAUUACUCCUCACUUCAGUUACCUUGAAUUCGCUCCCAAAAUUGUAGUUUUGCCACAUUACAAUAUUUCAUUGAAGAAACCACAAUCAUUGUAUUUUAACAUACUUUAGCUGUUAGCACUGACAUUAGACAUACACUGUAAUUAUUGACAGCACUUAGGGAUUCAAGAACCAUACUUUGAAUUUAUGAGCUUUUUUUUUUGUUUUUUGUACCAUAAAUAUAAAGUAUUUAGAUGAUCAAAAGGCAUUCACCUCUAUGGCAACAAUCUACUGUGAAAGGGAUACAGAUCCAAAACUGCUUGUGCAAAAUUAUCAAUAAUUUCUUGAAUUACAAAAUUGCAUCAUUUUUGUGGCUUUGAGACAAGAGUUAAGGGAAGGAAGGUUUGUUGUAAAUGAGAAAUGUAAUGAGUUUUCUCAAGGAGAGUGUGACUGGGCUGUACAUAGCCAAGUAAUUGGUACAAAUAAUUCUACAUUUUGAGCUAUGUAUAUGGAAAACCUUUUUGAGUGAAGAUGUGAAUGCAUUGUAAUUUAAAUCAUCUGAGUUACUUGUAUGUGUAUUAUAGUUUUGCAUUUAAUUAUAACCAUAAAUUGUGAUUCACAAAUCAGACUCCUGCUUCACAGUUGUCUGAUUUUGUUAGUAACUCAUAUGAUUACAGACCAAAUUGGACUUGACUCAGUCUUAUUACCAUGAUUAUAAAUCAAGGAUAUCAGAGGUAUUACUUUUCCUGCUUUCUUAUUUUUAUUAAUGCAAAAUAGAACCAUGGCAGUGAUACCAGAAACCCCAAAUGUAUCAAGAGACUGUACAGUUAUUCAUAUUUGUACAAGUAAUACUGUUAGAAUAGUUCAUUAAUAGUUAUUUCGUAGAGACAAGAUUAUUAUGCAUUAUUUUAUUUUGUGUGCCAGUAAUGGAAACAAAUGCUAAAUAAAAGGUCACA